CCAAUCAAAACCGUUUUCGAAUCGCAUAGUGCUGAAUAGCAACAUAUACCCUGCCGCAUCAGACCACGAACGCUCACUUGAAGGAGACCACGCGCCUUCAGCCGCAGCACGAAAUAGGCCCUAAGAAGUCGAAGGAGGAGCGUCUUGAAUUUGCAAUCGCAGAUCACAGACUGCCACAGAAGACCUCCAACGCUCGCUUGAAGUGGUCCGAACGCCGUCAGCUUCGGUUAAAGAAGUCAGCAGCGGCAUCUUCAAUUUGCGUAGGCAUAGCACUGGUGCGGAGGUCUUCGUAGGCAAGAUGCUGGAAUACGAUCCCAACGAGCCUUGGCCGCUUCCUAUGCUGGCGCUGUUUCUAGAAAUCCGGGAGAAACGAGGCUUUCACCAAAUAUACCCGAACGGGUUCGUAAGAAAAGACCAUGAAGUAAAACUUCUAGGCGAAUUCUACAAUGGCUGGACAGGUCGUGUUUUUAUGUGCAGGUCGAAAAAACUACCGGGUACAGCCGUGCACACUAUAUAUGACUCGAAUUACUUCUGCAAGACUGAAAUUUAUCAUAAUCAAACUUCCAUACGCACCAUCCAAAAGGGUGUUGAUCCAGAUAAGAAUGAAGAACUGGGCGUAACCGCAAAGGGAGGAGACAUUUAUUCAAUGGGUGUUCGAGUAGUGGAAAGCAAAUACUUCCAAAGUGUUGCAAACGAAAAAGUAGGCCCCUGGAUGAAUAUGAAAACACGAGUAAAACCCUCUGAAUAUUUAUUCAAAAUUUGGUCAAGAGAAGACGUUAUACUAUCAGUACAUUUGAGUGAAGAAAGAGAAAAUAACUAUAAACCGCUGCCUGAGUACUACGACCUACCUAAGUGUCAACAACCUCCUGGCUCCACCGUAAUUGCCCUCCUCGAGUGCCAAAACCCGGAGGAAGAAAUAAAGGUGGCUAUUGACACCGAAGGCAAAAAUCCCCAACCCCAAGAUUAUGUGAACUAUGGAAAAGUUCCUAGCCUUAAACAAAAGCCGAAAUUCUUUGUGUAUGUCCGGAACUUGCCGGAACACUACACGGUGGCCACAAGUUUCAGCCCUGAACCAAGAAAGAUAGCCCAUAAGAGUGCAAAGGACAACAUAUAUCUUCAUCGCCCCACAAACUGCUCUACCGUACGUUUGACCCAUUACAUUAUAAUGGGUGCGGAGAGUUAGCGUUCAUUACUAAACAAAUACAACUAAACGUUAAACUUAAUUGAAUCCAUAUGCUUCCGGUUUCUCUGCAAUAAACAUGUGUGAAAGACA